CACCAAACAGGGCCAAGUAUUUUCUUGUUUUUUUUUUAAUUAUCGAGUAGCAAUGCAGUGGACAUUUGUGGCGCCAAACAUCCGCAUGUAUCUGCUUCAUACUCCGUACUUAAUUAUGGGAUUUCCACUAAACAACGUUUGUCGUUGAAGGAGCCAACAGGUGUAUUUACAAGUAAACAAAAAGGGAAAGGAAUAUGAAUGUUUUGAGUUAGUAAACAAAAUCUGUUUGUAGAAGAAGAUGGAGGACUCAAGUCCAGAAACCAGGCUCAUUGUACGCCAAGAUGAAAAUGUUGAUCACUUUAAGCAAAGAGUUUGGGAAGAAUCAAAAAAGGUAUGGGCGAUUGCAUUUCCUGCAAUGGUGUGUCGUGUAACCACUUAUGGAGCUUAUGUAGUUUCACAAGCUUCAUUUGGGCAUAUAAGAGAAGUAGAUCUUGCUGCCUAUGCUCUUGUUCAAACUAUACUAGUGCGUUUUGCCAAUGGUAUCUUGCUAGGGAUGGCAAGUGUAACAGAGACUUAUUGUGGAGAAUCUUAUGGAGCCAAACAAUAUGAGAUGAUGGGAGUGCACUUACAAAGAUCAUGGAUUGUAAAUACUGCUGUAGCAACCCUGAUGGUGCCAUUCUAUGUUUACGCCACACCUUUCCUUAGACUUCUAGGACAAGAGGAAGACAUUGCUGUGGCUGCUGGAAACAUAUCUUUGUGGUUCAUUCCCAUUAUGUAUCUAAAUGUUUAUGGCAUGACUAUGCAAAUGUAUUUGCAAGCACAAAAUAAGAACAUGGUGGUUACAUGGUUAUUUGCGAUAUUGUUUUUCGUACAUGCCAUACUGUCAUGGAUUUUUGUCUACAUAAUGGAUUGGGGGCUACCUGGGGUAAUGAUUGCACUCAUCAUAGCAUUUGGAGUGAAGGUGCUCGGUGAGGCUGUUUACAUUUUUGGAGGUUGGUGUCCACUUACAUGGAGAGGAUUUGAUAGAGCUGCUUUCACUGGUCUUAUGCCUGUCCUCAAGUCCUCCACUUCUUCAGGCGUAAUGCUCUGCAUCCAGGUGUGGUACAAUGCUAUUCUAGUUAUAUUAGCAGGAUACAUGAAGUACGCAACAGUUGCCAUUUCCGCCUUCUCAAUUUGCCUAAAUGUGAGUACAUGGGAACUCAUGAUAUGCCUUGGCUUUCUAGGUUCUGUAUGUGUCCGUGUUUCAAAUGAACUAGGAAGAGGAAAUGGCAAGGCAGCAAAAUUUUCAGUUGAAGUGAUCUUAUACACUUCGGUUAUAAUUGGCAUAUUCUUUUGGAUUUUAUGUUUGGCAUUUGGCCAUCAAAUUUCUUACCUGUUUACAAGUAGUGAGCAAGUUGCGAAGGCUGUGUCUGACCUUUCUGUCCCACUUGCGUUCUCAAUCCUGUUAAAUAAUGUUGGACCAGUUCUAUCAGGGGUAGCAAUUGGCUGUGGAUCCCAAGGAGUGGUAGCGAUUGUUAAUGUGUGUUCAUAUUAUGUAAUCGGGAUACCAAUUGGAGUUUUACUGGCAUAUGCUGGUCAUAUGGAGGUUAAGGGAAUUUGGAUAGGAAUGAUGUGUGGAAUGGUGACACAAACAGUGGCACUUCUAUACCUUACAUGGAAAAUUGAUUGGGCGGAUGAGGUUAAAAAGGCAUCAAAACGUCUGUAUCAUCUUUCCUGAAAGACCAUUAUGAAUACUGUCAGUGCAAGCAGCUCACCGACUCAUUGUUACAUUGUAGAGCAGGGGGCUUGCAGAAAGAAAGGCUGUAUUCUGUGUAUGUAGUUUUGGUUCAGUGUUUCUCGUUUACAAAGAAUAAAAAGGUCAAUUUCACAAACUUACAAGAGUAAGGCCUGGGUUUUACUGCUGAUAUCAAAUGACACAGGUUCGUAGCA